AUGGGGUCUUGUGUAGAAAACAAAAGUGCAGAAAUCAAUGCCAGCAGCUUAAUUCGGGAGCUCUCCAUCGGCAACAAUUACCCUGGUACAACGAGAUGUCUUGAAUCGUGUGGAGGACCAGGAUGCGAUUGCUUCUAUUUGAGCUCUGGCUGUUUGUUCAACAGGAUCUAUGCUGUUCCAACAGACAAUGAUGUCUACGAACUUUUCACAUGUUCCGCAUGGGAGAGGGUAAAAGCAAAGGUGCAAAUUAAACGACCAACAGAUGAAAACUUCAACACCUACGUGCUCGGUCUGCGACGUAACGUACCAGUACAACUACCAUCUAUGGACGUCACCUUAAGCGUGCUCUCAUGGCUAUACCUUUCAAUCCUAGACACAAAGUUCAUUUCAAACGCACAUACCACCUCUCUGUGGACAUCUGAGGCACUCCCACACUUACACUGGCCAGCAUUCUGGAUUGAAGAUGUUUUCUGA